GUAACUCUGCUGCCAGCUCUGCGCAACAACUCUCGACGCGCGCCGGGAACGAGGAGUCGAACUCGGUACCUCUGGGCAUCGACCGGGCCCCCCCCCAAUCGAAACCCCCUCCACCGCCCCCCACGUGUUCGUCUCUCGCUGGGCAUCACCAAUACCCGCAAGUUGUGUCCACCAAGCCAUCGUCUCGGCACCACUUGGACUCCGGCAAGAUGAACGCCAGAUUCGACGAUCGUUUCUCCACCGUACAGACAAUCGGCGUGGAGUUCGUGCUGCCUUUCAAGGUGAGCGGGCAGCAGAGCAUCACCAGGAACGUGCAGGGCACGCUGAGCGUCGACCAGGUCUGGGACUCGUUCUGGUCCGACGUCACGAAGUGCGCCAUGGACGGCGAGUGCUACGUGAUCAUCACCGCCCCGCCGGACUCGUACGCCUUGUACUACGAGGCGGAGGGGCGCGCGUACGAGAUCUACGACCGGCAGCAGAUCUUCCAGACGCUCGACUGCGUGCGCCGCUGGGCCACGCGCGGCAUCUCGCCCGGCCGGAUCCUCGUCCGCGAGCGGCCCAAGCCCACGCCGCGCGGCCAGAGGUUCCAGGAGGAGCUGGACUACCUGAUCGGCGUCAAGGUGGAGGCGCUGUGCCUCGCCGGCGACGACGAGCUCGAGUUCACGCGCCGGAAGCUGGCGGCGGUGCGCGCCGCCGAGCUGGAGCUGCGCGACCCCUUCGCGUACGCGCUCGAGCCGUGGGUCGCCUCGCAGCCGCUGCCCGCCUACCUGGAGGAGCGCGUCGCCAAGAAAGGCGGCCUCCUCGAAGUCACGCUGCACUUGGCCGCCCGCAAGCAGAGCAUCCGAGUGUCGCCCAAGGACUCGCCCCGCGACAUCGCCCUGAGGUUCUUCGGCGGCGGCUACGGCCCCAACGAGCUGGUGCGGCACAGCGAGCGCGAGCACGCCGAGUGCUUCGUGUUCAAGGUGUGCGGGCGCGACGAGUACAUCCAGGGCCCGUACCCCAUCGUCGACUUCGUCUGGGUCCGCCGCUGCGUCAAGAAGAACGAGGAGAUCCACCUGGCGGUGUCGCAGCUGCCGGACGUGGCGGCCGAGGAGACGGAGGACGACUGGCCGCUGCUGGACGACUGCGACGGGGCGACGGGCACCGCGGAGGAGCUGAGCCUGCGGAGGAGCGACGCGGGGCAGCUGUGCACGCUCUCGCUCUGGGACUGCAACCGAUUCCUCCGGCUAAACAUUCGGGGCAUCGAGUUCCCGCCGGGCGUCGCUCCGUGCCCGCAGGGGGACGCCGAGGUGUACGUGCAGGCCGGCGUCUACCAUGGCAAGGUGCAGCUGGCGUCCGUGAUGACGUCCAAGCGGCCCCUGCAGGAGGAGAUCGUCUGGGGCGACUGGCUCGAGUUUGGCAUCCGCAUGAAGGACCUGCCGCUGGGGGCGUGCCUCAACCUGUCGCUCUACAGCUUCCGCAGGUCGGGCGUACUGCCUUCGGGCAGCCGCAGCUUGAACGUCCGUCUGCUGCACUACGUGAACAUGACGCUGAUCGACCACCGCUCGCUGCUUCGCCAGGGCGAGUUCGUGCUGCACAUGUGGCCCCUCCAGCAGGGUCAAAGGGCGCCCGACCCCAGCGCCCUGCCGUCAGGCGCUAACCCCGAGCAGGAGCGCGCGGCCGUCGUGAGCGUCCUCCUCGACACGUACGACUGCCCCGUGGCGCUGCCGCGCUCCCAGGCCGGCGUCUUCCACAUGCCCGAGCGGGCCAAGCGGUUCUUCGCGGAGGGCAGCGUCCAGGACGAGUUCCUCAAGCACCUGGUGAACGUCGACCCGCUGAGCCCCAUGGAGGCGUCGGAGCUGGCGCUGCUGUGGCAGAUGCGGGACUCGCUGUCGCGCACGGCGCAGUCGCUGCCCCGGCUGCUCCGCGCCGUCGACUGGGGCAGCCUGGAGUGCGUGCGGGAGACGCACGGCUUCCUGCAGCGCUGGAACACAACGGACUUCGACCUGAGCAUCGCCAUGGAGUUGCUCGACGGCAACUUUGUGGACGGGUUCGUGCGCCGCAUGGCGGUCGAACGGCUCGCCGCCUCCGGCAACGACGAGAUCCUGCUCUUCUUGCUGCAGCUCGUGCAGGCACUCAAGUUUGAGCCGUACCACGACAGCCCACUCGCCCGCUUCCUCAUACAGAGGGCGCUGAGGAGCAAGCGCCUGGGCCACUUCUUCUUCUGGUUCUUGCGCAGCGAGAUCGCGGUGUGCGCCCACUCGCGGGCGCGCUUCGCCGUGCUGCUCGAGGCUUACCUGCGGGGCUGCGGGAGGGCCACGCUGCACAACUUCGCGCAGCAGGUGAAGCUCAUCGACAGCCUCCGCAUCGUCGGCGACAAGAUGCAGCUGGUGCUCGGCACCUUGUACAACGUUCCGCCCAACGCGGCCUCCGAGCUCCAGGACAAUCUGGGAAGGGUCGUGAUCCCCGGCGUCUUCCAGCUGCCGUACGACCCGUGCGUGCGCGCCGGCGCCAUCGUCAUCGAGAAAUGUAAGGUUCUGGCGAGCAAGAAGAAGCCGCUGUGGCUGGAAUUUCACCGGGCGGAUUCCACGUCGCUGGACGACUCCAACGUGAAGUUGAUCUUCAAGAACGGCGACGACCUGCGCCAGGACAUGCUCAUCCUGCAGACCUUAAACAUCAUGGACUCCAUUUGGGACAGCGAGGGCCUGGACCUCUGCCUCCUUCCUUACGGCUGCAUCGCCACGGGCUACAACACAGGUGUCAUCGAGGUGGUGUCCAACGCGCACACCGUCGCGAGCAUCCAGGUGGAGAAAGGCGGCAACCCGCGGAACGACAGGUGCCUCAAGACGUGGCUGGACGAGCAGAUGCCGCUCGCAGGAGAGAACCUGCAGGCGGUGGAGAAGUUCAUGCACUCGUGUGCCGGCUACUGCAUGGCCACAUACGUGCUGGGCAUCGGGGACCGGCACAACGACAACAUCAUGAUCACCAAGAACGGAAACCUCUUCCACAUCGACUUUGGCCACAUCCUGGGCAACAUCAAGAAGUUCAUGGGCGUCGAUCGCGAGCGCGUGCCCUUCGUGCUGACGCCCGACUUCCUGUGCAUCCUGGGCGCGCACAAAAACAAAAACCUCUACUUCCAGCGCUUCGUGGACACGUGCUGCCGCGCGUACCUGGCCCUGCGUCGCCACAAGAACCUGCUCAUCACGCUCUUCAACAUGAUGGCGACGACGGGGAUGCCCGAGGUGACCCCGCGCGACAUCGAGCACAUGCGCGAGGCUCUCGUCGUCAAGGCGUCCGAGGCCGACGCGGAGGCGCACAUCCGCGGCGAGAUCGAGCACUGCAAAGUCAAGGGCUGGACCGUGCAGAUUAACUGGUGGAUGCACCUUUUGGCGAGCCGCAAGGCCACCUAGUGGCACCCCACUCCGGGGAUCGACGAGCGGUGUGUGGCAGAGGUCGCAAACGGGUUUUGAUUCCUUACCCGUACCUGGCCGCACCAGGGUCGCAAACGGGUACCCGUACCCGUACCCGGCCGUACCCGUACCCUACCCGUACCCGGCUGGGUACGGGUAGGGUACGGGUAUUGGGUACCUGAUUGCGACCUCUGGGAUGAAGCCAUGUUGCAGGCGCUGGUGGGUUGAUUCUAGGAACUUGAAUUGUGAGAAGAGACAAGACGUUGGGAAUUGAGUGAGAAACGGUUACUCACCAGUGACUCACGGCCUACCCGUACCCGUACCCAGCCGCACCAGGGUCGCAAAUGGGUACCCGUACCCGUACCCGGCCGGGUACGGGUAGCCGGGUAUCGGGUAGGGUACGGGUAUCGGGUACCCGGUUGCGACCUCUGGUGUGCGGUGGGCAGCGAUUAAACCAUUAAAAAAACACUAUAAACUAUUUUUAUUUUACCAGGUGUUAAGGAAGGCCCCACCGAGCUAUUUCGUCGUUUUUUCAGAAGCGACCUGGCCGUCGUGGUUUAUCGUCACGUGGAAAUUUAUCGCAGCCAAAAUACUCGAGAGGCGUGCUGUCGAUUCUAAAUGUCGAGGGAAAAAACCGGAGGACCCGGAGAAAACCCGCGCGACCACGGGGAGAGACAUGCACAUCAUUCAAAAUAUCAGCAGGUGUCGGGGUAGUGAUCAAAAUCCACGACUUCCUGUAUACCAGGCGAGGUAGUUAACAUCGCUUGGCCACCGUGGCGGCUGGGUAUGUCCAGGACAGCGACCGCCUCGAGCAUUCCUCUCGCAAUGACUGAGGUGCCGAUUGGUCACGUGCCAGGGAUAAUUCUCGACAUGGCUGCUGGUCAGCAUGGUCACUCGAGUUUUACCGCCGAUGUGGAAAAUCCGUUGAACACAGCGGAGGCUUUCACGACCGAUAUUAUCCACGAUACAGGUUUUUUUUUGUGGGUUAGAUCGCGUAAAUAUAUAAACGUGUCGUUCAACCCGCCACCAUUCAACACAGCCAAAUAGUAAGGUUUGUCACGUAAACAGAACAUGCCAAUUUGUUACUAGUACAGCACACCGGUGUGUUGGAGUGUAAAUCCACAAAAUGUACAAUUUGAGUACGACGUUUCGCCAGUAAUUACAACUAGCUUCAUCAGGCGACAGCCAGAUUUGUGGAGACAACCUGUUUCGUUCUGAAAUAAAUUGAUGGAUGUGAUGUCGUUUUUUACGUGACAAACCUUACCAAUUGGCUGUGUCGGGUGGUGGCGGGUUUAACGACACAUUUAUAUUUACGCGAUCUAACCCCAAAAAAACCUCUAUUGUGGAUGUGGAAAAUGUUUCUCCACCAAUCUCGCAAUGGCUGUGGUCGGGUACGAGUCACAUGAUGCCCCUGUUCUACUCUCCGAGCAAACCCGGAGAAAGCUUUACACAACCUACGUCAUCCAAUGGGUCGUAGGAAGUGGUAGAAAGUGCAGUCCAACAAUUUUCCCGCACUGCCCUCUGCUGCCCACAACAUACAUACGUACAUACGUGUGUUGAACUGCUUUCGCACCACACGUAGCCCACCCUGAUAAUCGGAGGGGUGGGGGAAAGGACAACGAACUAAAUACAAAAAGCAGUUCUAAAGAAAUGUAGUCUCGGAUCAGCCCAUCACACGUGUUGUGCAAGGCGGUCGCCAAUCCAAGCACUUGUCCAGGCUCAAACCAGUUUAGCUUCCGGUAUCUCAGUGAUAUGGGGAGCAUUCUGGGUACUUUGAUCGUAGACAAACUUUAAAUAUAUUAAAUGUAUCUAUAUAUAGUCUCUAUGAAAACAUAGAAAUUAGAUAUUUAUUCUCACAGGGUGUUUUCGCUUAUUGAAUAGUAUUCGUUAAUUAUAUAUCUAUUUUAAGUACAUUCAUCAAAGGAGGCCUUCAGUGCCAGGUUACAACUGAGCCAAUGGGUGCUGGGCCCGGCAAAGGGAUGGAAGCAGUGGCAAGAUGAAGCCACCUCGGAUAAUUCUCCGUCCCUAAAUCUUGACCUUUGACCUCUGCCCCCUUCCAGCCAGUCGUCGUAAUCAUCGUAUAAUAUCCGUCGGCCAAUUCUCGUUUUAGAGUGAUUAUAUUUGUCCAGGUGAGUUUUUCCAGUGAGUCUCAUGACUCUUUCACUUGCGUCUUGUUCGAUAUGUUUGGUCAGCUUUUGUUGUUGUUGUAGCAUUUCCCACCUGUGUUAGGAUUUUCGAGAGCUCUCGGUACACGAGGGUAAUCAGAGGCGACAUAGUUUAUCUCAGCCUCAGAGCCUCGUACGCACGGAGAUCUUGGUUACGGUAACUCGUGUGGCACGCCACGUCCAUUCCGCAGUACUCUUAUUAUCUGGUUGUACGAAAUCUGCACUGGCGGUAAUGGCGAGUACAUGAAUCUAACGCUUAUAAACCUAUAUUCUUGGUUCUUUCGGUAAAGUCACGUAGAAGGGGAAAAAAUAAAAAAAAUAUAAAACAAUAAAAUUCUCACGACGUUUCGACUGCAACACAAGCAAUCAUCGUCAGGUGUGAAAAACACAGCAAGAACCAAGAAUAUGAAUCCCUGAAGUAACGAAAGCUUCAAAUCUAACGUUUAUAAACCUGUUCAUAGCAAUAUAGGGUACGAUGUAUGCAUGUUGAACUUCUUUCACACUGUGUGUUACCAAUCAUGCUAAUCUGAGGUGCGGGGGAAGAACAACCAACUAAACACAAAGAUACGUAUCAUUAUUACGAAUAGGCUAAUUGUGUACUCCAGUGGUAGUGCCUUAUGCUGAUAAUCUCUACUCCAAGUCAGCCGAGCAGGGUGGCCCACAAGAUAUCGAGUGGGAAAUGAAGUCUCCAGUGCAAACGUGGACCUCUACCGGGGCAUUUACCCUCGGCAGACUUGCCGAGUAACACGAAAGCGAGUGGGCGCCGUUGAACGAUCGUCAUCGAUGUUACAUGUCAGGGUGCCGAGUACGUAGAACGGACACACGAGAUUCGAGAUGGCCAUCGGUUUGUCUUUCGAAUAAAAAGUGCACGGCCUUUAUUAUUGUAAAAUAAUACCGCGUUCGUGUCAUCUCAAUCA